UUUGAAUCGAAAAGUAAUCGUGUCAAAGGAAUUGCUUUUCACCCAAAACGGCCGUGGAUUCUUGCUUCACUUCAUAAUGGUUGUAUACAGUUAUGGGAUUAUCGAAUGGGUACCCUUCUAGAACGAUUUGAUGAGCAUGACGGACCUGUCCGUGGAAUUGCCUUCCAUCCAACUCAGCCACUUUUUGUAUCAGGUGGUGACGAUUAUAAAAUUAAAGUAUGGAAUUAUAAAACUCGUAAAUGCCUAUUUUCAUUGAAUGGCCAUUUGGAUUACGUGAGAACCGUAUUCUUUCAUCAUGAAUAUCCUUGGAUUCUUAGUGCUUCUGAUGACCAAACUAUCAGAAUCUGGAAUUGGCAAUCGAGAACUUGCAUUGCCAUAUUGACAGGCCAUAAUCAUUACGUCAUGUGUGCCCAGUUUCACCCAAAAGAAGAUUUAGUGGUUUCGGCUUCUUUAGAUCAAACUGUAAGAGUUUGGGAUAUUUCAGGUUUAAGGAAAAAAAAUGCUGCUCCUAGUUCUGUGAGUUUUGAUGAUAGUUUGCAUAAAUCAGCUGCAACCCAAGCUGAUAUUUUUGGGAGUACGGAUGCAAUUGUGAAAUAUGUGUUAGAAGGUCACGACCGUGGUGUCAAUUGGGCUACAUUUCAUCCUACCCUUCCUUUAAUUGUUUCAGCUGGUGAUGAUCGUCAGAUCAAGUUGUGGAGAAUGAAUGAUGCCAAGGCUUGGGAAGUCGAUACAUGUCGUGGCCAUUUCAAUAAUGUAUCUGCCGCUUUAUUUCAUCCUAGGCAGGAGUUGAUUAUUUCUGAUGCUGAAGACAAAACCAUCCGAGUUUGGGAUAUGUCAAAAAGAACACUUGUUCAAACUUUUCGACGCGAGCAUGAUAGGUUUUGGGUCUUGACAGCUCAUCCAGAAUUAAACCUAUUUGCUGCUGGUCACGAUAAUGGUCUGAUUGUAUUCAAAUUGGAAAGAGAACGUCCAGCAUACGCAGUUCAUCAACAUAAUCUUUAUUAUAUCAAAGACAAGUAUUUGCGAGUUUUUGACUUUACAAAUAAUUCGGACGUUUCAGUUCUCUCAGUUCGAAAAAUUGGUGGACAAUAUAUGCAACCAAGGGCUUUAUCAUAUAAUCCAGCUGAACGUGCUGUUAUAAUUACUACGACUGCAGAUGGGGGUAGUUUUGAUUUGUUUCAUUUACCAAAAGAAAUUGGUGGCGAACCGCGAGAAGUUAGUGGUGAUGGUAAACGUGGUCCGGGGACUUCUGCAAUUUUUAUUGCUAGAAAUCGGUUUGCAGUUUUGGAUAAAUCUCGUCAACAAAUUGAGAUUAGAGAUCUCUCUAAUGCUACUACAAAAUCCGUUAAACCUUCAGCAACGGUUAACGAGAUAUUUAACGCUGGUAGCAGUAAUCUUCUGCUUCUUAGUACACCAACUUCAGUGAUUCUAUAUGAUAUUCAACAACGUCAAAUAGUUUCCGAAGUUAAUACACCACCUGUAAAAUAUGUAGUUUGGUCUUCUGACCAUAGUCAAGUAGCGCUUUUAAGCAAACAUACUAUAACUAUUGCAAAUAAGACUUUAGAUGAAAGUUGUUUGAUUCAUGAGACAAUUCGAAUUAAGAGUGGUGCAUGGGAUGAUGCUGGUAUAUUUGUAUAUUCCACUCUCAACCACAUCAAAUAUGCACUUUCGCAGGGUGAUAAUGGAAUAAUUCGUACGCUUGAUCAACCCGUUUAUCUCACCAAAGUGAAAGGAAAAAAUGUUUAUUGCCUUGACAGGGAUGGCAAAACCCGUGUUAUCAGCAUUGAUCCUACAGAAUAUCGAUUUAAGCUUGCUCUUAUUAAGCGUAAUUAUGAUGAAGUACUUCAAAUAAUUCGCAGUUCAAAUUUAGUCGGACAAUCUAUUAUCGCAUAUUUACAGAAAAAAGGGUAUCCCGAGAUUGCAUUGCACUUUGUACGUGAUGACAAAACUCGUUUUGAUCUUGCUAUUGAAUGCGGAAAUAUUGAGGUAGCAUUAGAAACUGCAAAAGCAAUGGAUCGUGAAGAUUGUUGGAAUACAUUGGGUGCUGAAGCGUUACGCCAAGGCAACCAUCAGAUUGUAGAAAUGGCAUAUCAGAGAGUAAAAAAUUUUGAUCGUCUUUCAUUUAUAUAUUUGGUUACUGGAAAUUUGGAAAAAUUGAGAAAAAUGUUAAAGAUCGCAGAAUUAAGAAGCGAUCAUAUGUCACGGUUUCAUAAUUCACUUUUCUUAGGUGACGUUGAGGAACGUGUCAAACUGCUAAAAGAAGUUGGACAAUUGCCACUUGCAUACCUUACCGCGCAAAGCCAUGGUCUUACCGAAGAAGCCGAAUCAAUUUUAACCUCUUCUGGGCUUACCGCUGAUGAUAUUACUGAUUUGCCUACAAAUGGACAAUUAUUGAAGCCACCAACGCCAAUCCUUAAACAUACAGAUUCUAAUUGGCCGUUGUUAACGGUAUCACGUUCAUUCUUUGAUAGUGCAUUCAUAACUACUGAUAGCAAUCCACUUGCCGCACCUCUAUCUUUCACUGACGCAAACGAAGGCCUUGAUGAUGUUGGAGGUGAUUGGGGAGGGGAUGAUGAUCUUGGAUUUAACGGUGUAACUGAGAAAGUCGUUGACGAGCUACGAAUAGAUGGCGAAGCUCUUGAAGAAGGUUCAGGAUGGGAUAUUGAUGCAGAUAUUAAUGUUCAACUUAAUAAUGAGAUCUCUCAAGAACUUUCUAAUGGAACACAUGGGGAAUUCGUUCCUCCAACUUCAGGCACUAAUGAAUCUGAGCUUUGGAUACAUAAUUCACCUUUGGCUGCUAACCACGUUGCAGCAGGAUCGUUCGAGACGGCGAUGCAGCUUCUCAAUAGACAAGUUGGGGCAGUUAAUUUCGAACCUCUAAAAUCACACUUUUUGAAAACAUUCCAAGCAACACGUACAUAUUUGUCUUGUAAUGUAUCACUUCCUCCUCUGGUUUACUAUGUUCGACGAAAUCCUGAAGAAACCGAGACUCGUCGCGUUUUACCAAUUCUACCGUAUAGUUUUCAGAAUAUUGUUUCCUCUCAGCUUCAGGAAGCUUACAAGACGACUACACUUGGUAAAUUUCAAGAUGCAACGAUACAAUUUCGUAACAUACUUCACUCAAUUUUGUUAAUUUCUGUGUCUAAGAAGUCAGAAGUAGAUGAGGUGAAUCAACUCAUAGAAGUUUGUCGAGAGUAUAUAGUCGGGCUAUCUAUGGAACAAAUGCGUCGUAAAUAUCCAUUGGAUAAUCCAGAAAACACGAAAAAAGCACUUGAAUUGGCAGCGUAUUUCACUCAUUGUCGAUUACAACCAGCUCAUUUACAACUAAGUUUACGGUCUGCAAUGACAUUGAAUUAUAAAGCCAAGAAUUGCCUAACAGCAUCCAUGUUUGCUAGAAGAUUAUUAGAAUUAGCACCGCCACAGCAAGUUGCCACACAGACACUCUCCGAUAAGACUCCACGUGAUGAAGUUACUUUAGAUUAUGAUCAAUAUAAUCCAUUCGUAGCUUGCGGUAUUUCUUAUACACCUAUUUAUAAGGGCAGUUCUUCCAUUGAAUGUCCAUAUUGCCACGCAUCAUACUUGCCUGAACAUCAAGGUAAACUUUGUACGGUGUGUGAUGUGUCACAGAUUGGUGCAAAUGCUACAGGCUUAGUGAUUUAG